UAGUCUGAUUGUUUUAGUUGAUUGGUCGAUCGAUUACUUCCGCCUUUUUUCAAACUAAACAUGGCAGCCACUCCAGCUACAAAUCCGUCACAGUUGCUCCCACUUGAGCUCGUGGACAAAUGUAUAGGUUCCAGAAUCCAUAUCGUCAUGAAGAACGACAAAGAAAUUGUUGGCACCUUGUUGGGUUUCGACGAUUUUGUCAACAUGGUGCUAGAGGACGUGACAGAAUUUGAAAUCACACCGGAGGGAAGGAGGAUAACCAAACUGGAUCAGAUACUGCUCAACGGUAACAACAUCACCAUGCUCAUACCUGGAGGUGAAGGGCCUGAAGUAUAAAAACAACAU